AUGGAUAGUUCUCCAGAUCUGUCCCUUAAGUUAAGGCGCGGUUCAAGUGAUUCUCGUGAUAACUUUUAUAUGGAUUUUGCUCAAGGCAUCGAUUCGGAUAUAGAGGAAGUGGAUAAUACAGCACCAACGGCACCACCUUUACCACUGGUGGAUGAGUUAGAUUAUGCCAGUAUACCACCACCACCGCCGCCAAUGAUGACGUCGGUGCAGCAGCCUCAAACUUUGCCAACACUAAGUGAACACGAUGAUUUACCACCUACUCCGCCACCACAAAUCACAGUUUUACCCUCACCGCCACCGUCACCAACAUCGUCAGUUUUGGAAAUGAUGCCACCACCACCCAUAACACCACCUACCCAAAUGAAUCGCAAACAAGUGCAGCCACCUUCUCCACCUGUGGAAACAGAGGAUGAAGAAGACGAGGAUGAUGAGGAGGAAAAUGGUGAGGAAGCUGAUGUAGAAGAAACACCAGAUGAAGAAGCCGAAGAUACUGAACCAGAUGCAAAGGAGAAUGGUGCUAAUGGUGAUGAUGAAGAUAAACAAUCACCUCCACCACCUCUGCCACCGCUACCAUCUCAUUUAUCUUAUGCACAAAAUCAAGAUGAUGACGAUGAUAAUAAUUUACCACAACCCAUGCAGGGUCGCACACCUUCAACUUCGCCCUCACCACCAGUAACACCACCACCUUGUCCCGAAUUGACGUCAAUACAAAAAAUUGUUUCACCUCCACCACAACAUGUUUCGCAAAUACCACCAUUGACACCACCCUCCGAAAGCGAUCAAUCUCAGCCUAAUUCCCCACCACCGGUACCCAGACACACCACAAAUAUUAUGCCUUCGACUCCACCACCACCGCCCGAAUGUGAUACAGUAGAUGAUGAACAGCCACCUACACCACCACCUGAAUUUGGUCAAACCGAAGAAGAUGAUGAUGACAAUGAAGAGAAACCAGAUCAAGAAAUAGAUAUAUCAGGAACUGGCGAUAUUCCUACUAUGGAUUUGGUACAAGAAGUUUUACAAGAAGCCGCCAAACAAGCCUUGGAAGGUGACGAAACAAAAUCCUCAAAAGAAGAUGAUUCUACGACCAUUACAACACCGCCUAGUAAUGGUUAUUCAGGUUCGUCUAUACUGCCUCAUCAACCAGACGAAGAAGAGGAGGAUCCCGAACUUAUGUUGGCCAACAUACCACCACCAGCUGGUCUAGAAGAUAAUCCAGAAGAUGAUGAGGGUACCAAAACGCCAGUAUCGGAAACCAAACCUUUAGAUUUGGAUGAAUUGUCAUCCGAACAUAUACCACCACCAUUGGAGGAGGAAGGUGAAGAAGAUGUUGAGAAAAAAUCCUCUUUACCCGGUACACCCACAUCUCAAGUAUCCCAAUUAUCACAAGCCACACCUACACCUACAGUUUCAGGCUCACCCAAACGAAAAAGUAGCGUAACAAGUGCAGGAGCUGCAAGUGUUGGUGCUAGUGGUAGCCGUGUUCCUAGUCGAAGCGUUAGUCGCAGUGGCAGUCGUAGCGGAAGUCGCACUGCAAGUCGUACUGGUAGUAUACGUGGAGGAGCUGGCGGUAGUAUGGGCUCCAGAGCUGGUAGCAUAGCUGCAGCUUCGGUUGCCUCAGCAGCUGCUUCAAUUGUAUCAGCCUCACAAUCCGUUAAAGCUGAAGUUAUAACUUCACCACCUCUCUCGCUUAAAUCUAUACGAAGUCCUCCCGGUUCUAUACGUUCGCACACUUCGAAACCUAGUCCUUCACCCUCACAAAAGAGUCAACCUAUAGUGGCUAUGUCGCCACCAGCUUCAAUCGGUGAGGCUCGUGUUCAAAGUCCUCAAGAAGGCGACAGUCCACCAGCAAUGCCUUCGCCACCUAUAAUGCGUAGUCCACCACAACUGAAGAGUCCACCAUCUAUGCAUAGCCCACCUAGAGUUACAAGUCCUCCCAAGGUGUAUAGUCCUCAGUUGAUAAGCAGUCCGCCAAUGCGUAAAGUGGAUAUCGAUGCAGAGAAAGCUGAAAAACCUACCAUUACGGAUUCAUUGCCAUCAACAUCUUCGGCUGCAUCGACCAGUGAUACACCUUUAGCUGCGACAACGGCAUCUUCAUUUGCGGCUGCCGCUGCUACCACAACAAUUUCCUAUAGGGAUGAACAGCAGCAGCCAUUACAUGCGAUCGUAGCUAAUCAAAAACCAGUAGUUCGCCAUCAGUUAAGUAGUCAUCAUCACUAUCAUUUGCCACAUCAAUUCCAACAUCCACACCAUCAGAAUCAUCAUACACACAAUCACGGUGUCGUACCAGUUCCAACACCCACAGUACCGGCUUCUUAUACAGCAUCCAGUUUGUUACAAGAAUCCCGUCAUAUGCGCGCUGCAAGCGGCAGUGGUGAUGAAUCGUUAUUGCGACGCCCUGCCUCUUCGCCACCGCCACCUACAACUGUGACACCCUCACCCAAUCUCUUGGUAUCCUCGGAGACAGUUUCACAUGAUUCUGUGUCGCCCGCCAAGUCGACAGCACGCAUACGUGAUUCGGGCUCGCAGCAUCGUGUGACAAUUGAUGAAUCGAACUUGCCGGUGGCAUCAUCAAUGAGUGGUGUUUGUGGUGGAGGCGGUGGUGGGGAUGGUGAUGGUUCUGGUCCUCCGUCACCGGGUACAUCGUCUCAGCAACAGCUAACAGGCGAUGAACGUCAAACAGGCCAUUUGGCGUUGAUGUAUCAUUCUAGUCAGUUGACCAAUUAUCCAGUAUUACCAGCGAUCAAGAGAACCCAUCGUCCUUCAUUCAUUUAUCCACCAAUGCCGAGAGUUAGAGCAGGUGAUGCUUUGGCAACGUUAUUCUCAGCCUUGUAUGGCAAAAUAUUGGUUGUUAUGGGUAUUGCAUUUCCAAUGGCAGAAGUUAUAUCCACUUAUAUACCACCAUCAUUUUAUGAGGUGUAUUAUUUAUAUCUAUACAUUGGCAGCAUGAUAUUUCUGCUCUUUAUGUAUGCCACUUUGUUAUGGGGUCGUCCUAAAAUACCUGUCAAUAUUGCAUCUCCUACGAAAUUAUCAGCCAAAACACGUUCGACAAGUGCUUCAGAGAGUAUGGAUGAAUCAGAUACGGAUAGCAAUUCCAUGCACAACAGACGUAUGCCAUCGACAGUACCUUCAGCUAGAAGACCCUCAUUGUUGUCACCUCUAGGACGUCAACAUCAUUAUGGCAGUUUUUAUUUACGUAUGGGUGCUGUGGCUUUUGGUAUAGGCAGCAUGAUUUAUUCCGGUUUGGAAUUUGGUCAAUAUUUUGAAUUGAAUCCAGAUACAAAGUGUCAUAAUGUGUUAUUGGCUCUAACACCAGCUACCAGAAUGGCUUUUAUCUUUAUACAGAUGUAUUUUAUAUUUUUGAAUAAUGAGCAAAUCAAAGUAUAUCGUUAUAAAAUCAUAGCCCGCUUCGGUCUAAUGCACAUGAUUGGCACCAAUUUGGCCGUUUGGCUCAAUGUGCUGAUACAAGAAACCAAACAUGAAAUUUUAACAUUCUACAAUGUGGAAAAUCGCACCUUACGCAUAUCACAUCGUAUACCAGGACACUCAAGGGCCCAUUCAAUAUUGGCACCAUCCGAUCCCAAUGCUCUGGUAAGAGUACCAAGAGGUUUAAAGGGUCCCUAUCAGAUAUUCGAAUGUCGUCGUACAAAUAUUUUGGGUACAUUGGUGCAAGAUGCUUCGCCCUUUCUGUUUCCCUGCACCAUAGAAUAUUCGUUGAUAUGUGCCGCCAUAUUGUAUGUCAUGUGGAAGAGUAUAUCAAGACCCCAGACACCAAAACCCCAAAGACCAGAUAUGAUAAGUUCACCGGUUAAAAGAUCUCCUCAUCACUAUUCGGUGGAUUGUGCUCGUGCCCAUAAGGGUUUGUUUGUGGGCAUAUUGAUAUUGGUGUUGACCAUAAUAUCAUUGAUAUUGUUUUUCGUGUUGAUAUCUAGACCAGACUUUGUGGCCCUGGCCGUAAUGGAAGUAACAAUAUGUGAAUUGUUUAUAUAUGCCACAGCGACUAUAGCUACGUUGGUGGGUAUGUUCCAAAUAAGACAUUUACAAUACGAUGCAUUUAGAAGUUUCUCACUGGAUGAUAUUUUAUUGGUGGGAGCACAAACCGGUUCAUUUUUAUACAAUAUUUUCACAGUCAUAGCGGGUCAUUUUUCACUUAGAAGUGACGAUUGGCUGGUACCCUUGAAUGCUUUGGCUUCUAUUGUGCAAACAGCUUGUCAGACAAUGUUCAUAUUGGAUGCUAGUCGUCGCCAGGCAGUGACACCCGAUCAUAUACGUAAGAAGCCGGGAAGAGAAAUUGUUACCUUCAUGUUGGUCGUCAAUUUGGCCAUGUGGGCUAUAAGUACUUUGGAAAAGUCAAGAGCCGAAUCACAUCCCAUACAGCUGAAUUUCUAUGGUCUGUGGGCCUGGACCAUUAUUACCCAUGUGUCCAUGCCACUGGCCAUAUUUUAUCGUUUCCAUUCGACUGUAUGCUUGUGCGAAAUCUGGAAGAGGGCCUAUAAACUUAAGCCGACAUUUAUGUGAGAAUUAGCCCGUGAGCGCAUUGCAAGCAUUGCGCAACAACAGCAAUUUUGUGAAGAUCUUAAAACAAAUUUAUCCUACUGUUACUGUUCAACCACCAUUGUGGAGACAAUCGAAGAAGUGGACAGUAGUGGCAGUAACAAUGGUACAUCUAAUGGCAAUGGCAAUAGUAAUGGCAAUGGUACGAAUACAGCGAACGGCAAUGCUAACGGUAAAUGUUCUGACACUGAAACUACAGCCCAAGUUGAAGGUGAAACAGCAGGUGGCACCGGUACAGAAGCUACCGAAGAAGAGGAUUUGGAUACUACCGAUAAUGAGACCGCCCUGGAAAUGAAACAGCCAAAGCAGCAGCUACAACAACAGCAGUCGAGAAAGUCAUCGGGUGGUGGUGGCAGUGUGGGUCAUCGUGCAUUUUGUCCGGUCUAUAUAAUAAAUGGUGAAUGAGUUUAUAUGCAAUUUGAGUACAUCGAUGCCAUCAGUCAACGUGAACUCACAUUUGUAUGAAUCUUUUUUUUCAAUUUUUAAAAACACAAACAACAAGCAAUGUUUUCAUUUGAAACAAAAAGCAAAUCUUAAUAAACUUAGAUAAACAAAAUCUGACCAAUUUUUAUUUUACAUUUUAAACUCUAAUAAAUUUCAUUAAAUUUUACAACA